AAGUUUAGAGAGCAUUGUAUUGAAUAUCUUUACCUACCAACUAGUGCUUUAACUUGAGUAUUUGAUCUUUGAAAGAUCUUUCCUUGUAAUCCUCUUCUUGUUCUAUUUAGCCUAUUCUUGACAAAUUCCAUGGCUUUCGAAAAUUAUGUUCAGCCCUCAAUCCCUCAUUUUGAUGGUCAUCACUACAACCAUUGGAGUAUGUUGAUGGAGAAUUUUCUCUGGUCUAAAGAGUAUUGGACAGUUCUUGAAGCUGGAAUUCCAGAUCCAGCGUCAGGUGCAAAUGAUGCACAGAUGGCAAAAAUUGAGAAGGAAAUGUUGAAGGAUCUCAAGGCUAAGAACUAUUUGUUCCAAGCCAUAGAUUGGGCUAUUUUGGAAACAAUUCUUAACAAGUCUACUUCCAAGACUAUUUGGGAUUCCAUGAAGAAGAAGUACCGAGGGAAUGAAAGAGCAAAGCGAGGAGAAAGUUCUAACUUUGCAGAACACAGUGAAAAGAAUGAUGAUGCCUCGCUAUUCAUGGUCUAUCAUCCUAAAGAAGUUAGCAAGAAGAAUGUGUGGUAUCUCGACAUUGGCUGCAACAACCACAUGUGUGGGGACAAAUCUGCAUUUUUAGAUCUAGAUGAAUCUUUUCAAGACAAGGUGAAAUUUGGUGAUAAUUCUACUAUUGCAGUCAAGGGAAGGGGAAAAGGAAAGAUAACGAUUCGUGCCAAAGACAAUUCAGUUCAAACUAUUGCUAAUGUUUUGUAUGUACCAAAUCUGAAGUCAAAUCUGCUUAGUUUGGGACAACUUCAGAAGAAAGGAUAUGAAAUCCUGAUUAAAGAUGGAGUUUGCCAAGUUCGUGACUCAAAGCUUGGCUUAAUUGCAAAGGUCAAGAUGAUAGGAAAUAGGUUGUUUCCAUUGUACUUGCAAACCAUAGAUCUGUCAUGUUUAUCUACCAAAUUGAAGAACACAGCUUGGUUAUGGCAUUGCCAAUAUGGACAUCUUUAUUUUGGUGGGUUGAAAGCCUUGCAGCAAAACAAGAUGGUAAAUGGUCUUCCUCAUUUUGAUUCUCCUUUAGAAAUUUAUGAAAUCUAUGUAGUUAGUAAGCAGCACCAUGACAGCUUUCCUAAAGAUAGAUCUUGGAGAGCAAAGCGGGUGCUAGAUUUAGUUUAUUCUGAUUUGUGUGGAUCCAUAAAUCCAACAUCCAAUGGAGAUCAGAAAAGGAGUAAGCUUGAUGACAAAAGGGAAAAGUUUAUUUUCCUUGGUGUUAGUGAUAAGUCCAAAGCUUACAGAUUAUACAAUCCUAUAACCAAAAAAGUCAUCAUUAGCCAUGACGUAGUGUUUAAUGAAGCAAGCACUACGUCUUGGACACAAAAACCUAGGCGACAGAUUCCUACAAAUUUCAAAAAUGGAGAAGAUCUGAUUGUACAGAACUCAGGAGGUCAGAUGCAGCAAAAUGAAGGUUUAACUUCAGCAGACUUUGAGGCUUCAAGAAAGGCAGAAGAGGAAAGUCUACCUACAACAGAACACAGUACUGAAAGAAGUCUGUCAACAACACCAGAGCUAGAAUUUGAAACUAGUUCAAGACCUCAACGCAAAAAGAGAAGACUAACAUGGUUGGAGGAUUAUGAGGUAACAAAUCUACCUCAAGAUGGUGUUCUAGUUACUCAUUUUGCUCUAUUUGCAGACUGUGAUCCUUUGAUAUAUGAAGAGGCUGUUAAAAGAGAAAAGUAGCAAAAAGCCAUGGUAGAAGAAAUUGGUUCUAUUAAAAGGAACUAGACUUG